CGAGCCAGAUACAGCGCGCCCGCGGCACGGAAGCAAACGAGCCAGAACAGAGCACCCCGCACUCUGCUCCUCUUCCUUCCGCCGCGCGAUCCCCGCGCGCACCACCCCGCGCCGCGCGCCAUGUCGCGCCUCGACGCCACCUCCCUCCUCCUCUCUCCCUCGCUGACGCCGCCGCACAAACCUACCACCCCGCGCCGGCUCAUCUGCGUCGUCUCCUCCACCCUCGCCGCCCUCGGAGCCUCCCUCUCGCUGCUCCUCCUCGUCGUCCACUCCGCACCAGCGCCGAACUAUGGCAGCCUGUUCCUCUCCCUCGCCUCCAACGAUACCGCGGCGCUCCACCUCCGGGCGCUCACGCUUCACCCCCACGUCGCGGGCACCAGGGCCAACUCGCUCACCGCCGCCUACGUCUGCGACGCCUUCUCGUCCCUCUCCAUCCCGGCGCACAUCACGCCCUACUCCGUCCUCCUCUCCUACCCGGUCGAGCGCUCGCUCUCCCUCGCCGUCCCCGGCCGCGCCACCACCACGAGCUUCGCCCUGUCGCAGGAGACGUACCCGAACGACCCCUACGCGUCGGCCACGGCGGAGGUCAUGCCGACGUUCUACGCCUACGCCGCCUCCGGUUCGGUGUCCGCCGAGGCCGUGUACGCCAACUACGGCCGCGAGGAGGACUUCGCCUACCUCGCCUCCCGCGGCGUCGACGUCGCGGGCAAGGUGGCGGUCGCGCGGUACGGGAGGAUCCACUGCGAGGACAUCGUGCACAACGCGCGCGUGGCGGGUGCCGCGGCCGCGGUGGUGUACACCGAUCCUCUGCAGUACGGCGGCGCCCCGGGGGAGGCGUGGUUCCCCGACUCCCGGUGGCUGCCGCCGACCGGCGUGCAGGUGGGCAGCCUGUUCCGGGGCGUGGGCGACCCGACGACGCCGAUGUGGGCGUCGUCCGAAGGGUGCGAGCGCGUGAGUGUGGAGGAGGCGAUGGACACCGACGACAUGCCGGGGAUCCCCGCGCUGCCGGUGUCCGCGCGUGACGCGGCGGAGAUCCACGCCGCUCUGGGCGGCGACGCUGCGCCGGCGGACUGGCAGGGCCGGGAGGGCAGCCCAGUGUACCGCCUCGGCCCUGGCCCGGCGAUCCUGAACCUGACGUAUACCGGGAAUGAUACGAUGGCCACCAUCGAGAAUGUCUUCGCGGUGAUCGAAGGUGCAGAGGAGCCGGACAGAUAUGUUAUCCUUGGUAACCAUCGUGAUGCCUGGACGUUUGGAGCAUCAGAUCCCAAUAGCGGAACGGCAGCUAUGAUUGAGCUAGCUCAAAGGCUUUCGGUGCUGCAAAAGCAAGGAUGGAGACCUAGAAGAACUAUAAUCUUCUGCAGCUGGGAUGCAGAAGAGUAUGGGCUGACAGGAUCAACUGAAUGGGUUGAAGAAAAUAGGGAGAUGCUUUCCUCAAGAGCUGUUGCUUAUCUUAACGUUGACGUUUCAGUAGUUGGCCCGGUAUUUCAUCCCUCUGCAACUCCGCAACUUGACGAACUAUUUCAGGAAACAAUGAAAUUGGUUCAAGAUCCUGACAAUUCAUCUCAAGCCGUGUAUGAUUCAUGGGUCAAAUCCAACAUUUCCCCCUUGAUUGGACGGCUAGGCCAUGGUGGAUCAGAUUUUUCAGCUUUCGUCCAGCAUGUUGGUAUUCCUUCAACCAGCAUGGGUUUUGGAGAAGGACCAGGCUAUCCCAUAUAUCAUUCGUUAUACGAUGACUUCGUGUGGAUGGAGAAAUUCGGAGAUCCAGGGUUCAGUAGGCACGCUGCAGCUGCUAGCAUCUGGGGAAUGAUGGCUUUGAGGCUUGCUGACGAAGAGAUCCUGCCCUUCAAUUACAUGUCCUACCCUGUUGAACUUGAGGCAUAUACGAAGGUAGUAGAGAAUGAAGUAAGGGGAACGGCUAUCAGUUGCUCUCCACUGCACAAUGCAAUUAGAGCUCUGAAAACGGCAGCUACCAAAGUAAAUGGCGAGAGAAAGGAGCUUCAAAGGCAACUGUCGAGCAACCAGCUGAAAAAGGAUUCAAUGAAAAUACGGUCGCUCAAUGACCGGCUCAUGCAGGCAGAACGGGCAUUCACUAACAGGGAAGGCCUGUUCAAGCGAGAAUGGUUCAAACAUCUGGUCUAUGGACCAUCAGAACAGAAUGACUGGGAAAGUGCAUCUUAUCCUGGUGUAGAAAAUGCUAUAGCUAGUGCAAGGAAGGAAAACACUACAGAAUCGUGGAAGUUUGUACAGCACGAGAUUCACAGAGUCGCGAGGGCAAUAACACAGGCUUCUGUUGUACUUGCCGGCAGCCUGACAUAACAUCAUUGAACUCAAUAGGCUGGACAUUGUUUCAGCAAUCAAACAAUCCAACAGGCCAAAGAACGUUUGACCUGCAUGGAUAGUCAUGUUAUGCUGGCUAUUGAUCCUCUUUACAAUUUGAUUCCUUAAGUACAAGGAAAAGAAUGAAGAUAUACACAAUUCAUGGCGAUCGAUUCAAGCACGAAGUUGGAAUGUUACUUGUACAGAUGCUUGUGUAGAUUUUUUUGUACACAUGCUUGUGUACUACUUUUGUAGUUCUAUUAUGUGUAUAGCUUAUAGAUAUACAAUACUGCUUUGAUUUUGUAUUGCGUUCUCUGAGAAAACGCUUGAACGUCAAUGGAAUUAAGAAAUAAGAAAUACAUGAAAAACAUAGAAAGUGGUAUCAAAUA